UUGAGGGCUUGUGCAAAGAAAAAAGCCAUGAGGAAACCCUCAAAAACUUGAGAAAGCUAGAUAUUUAUGAGUGUGAUAAGUUGAAGUAUCUGAUACCAAAUGAUUUGCUUGUGAACAACCUUAAAAAUCUCGAAGAAAUAAUAAUUCGACGUUGCGAAGAGAUGGAGGGUAUAAUUUCAUGUAAGACUAGUGCAAGUUCAACCGUGGCUACCCUUCCAAAGUUUAAGAAAUUGUCGUUGUCGGACUUGCCAUCGUUAACAAGUAUUUACCAUGGGAAAUUGGUUUUUGAUUCACUUUGUGUAAUGGAGAUAGACGAUUGUCCCAACUUGAAGAAGCUUCCAUUCUUGAUAAACAAGGAGCGGCCUCUUGGCAUCAGGAUUGUGGUGAGCGAAGAAUGGUGGGAAAGGUUGGAAUGGGAAGAUGCAAACUUGAAAGAACUUCUUCAACCUUUCCUUGACCCAGAAGCUUCCAGAAGCUUCCGGCUACCGAAGUAUCAAUUAAAACAGACGAUCAAGAAAGGACUUUGGAGUGAAUUAGAUGGCAGAAAUUUUUAAGAGAGAUGUUAGGGGCAUUGUUAGCAUGAUAAGUUAUUUUUGGAAAGAUGAUUUAGCAUAUAAUUAGGAUAUGCGGCUUUUGUAUAGUAUUUUUCAAGUUUAAAUCAUUAUUUGAAUAAAAUCUCUAAAUUUUGCAAUGAGAGCUAUGAUGGAUAAUAAAAGUUAUUUUAACAAAAAAACAUAUUUGAUUUAUGUAUAUGGUUCAUUGAUAAUGGAAACUUGCAAGUUUUUGAAUAUGCACCAACAAGAACAACAUCAAAUUUCAAUGGUUUGAAAUUAAAUUAGUAGGUAUGCAAUGUGAAUGGACAUUGAAUCAACAUUUUACCCCCACCCAUAAGGGCAUGCUCUGG